AUGCCGUCUCCACGGGAUACCGUAGUAGGUAGUAACGGCCCCGAACGAGGUAUGUUCGACCAAGCUAGGCGGAAUGUCAAGAGCGACGGCAGCGAUGCCUCCAGAGUCAACUAUAGGCGAAUACAACAAGACGAAAUUGAAUCUUUAAGUCUCGACGUCCAACCUGAAGAGGAAGCUUGUGCAUAUGAGAUUGGGUUGCUGAUGGAUCAUAUCGAUGAGCCCAAAUAUAGAGAGCCCCUAGCGAAAAACUUACUUGACUCCUUCGCUUUGAUAUUCUCUCAACCAGGCUCCACAGGGGUUGCUGCAACUGCGUUGAGGUACGUAGAUGACGAACGUACUGCUUACAAGCUCCUGAUAGCCAAGAACCAGCCGUUCGAUGUGUCAACCAAUAGUCUUGCCGAGACGAUAGGCGAGUGGUUUGAAAGUCGGCAGCAACUCAAAUGUUCCCAAUUUGGCGAACCAACCCUUCAAGACAAUCUCUGGAAGGGAAUUCUUGAAUGUUGCUACCCUAGCAUCCGUGAAUCAAUACAGAAAGCAUGGAAAGGCCAGAACGCCCAGGUGUGGAUUAGUACGAAAAUUGAUCGCCUAGAACGUAUAGACCCGCGACCAAGAGGGUCGGAUAGCCUACGGAAGAUCUUAGCACAUCUGUGCAGUUAUUAUAUGAAUGAACUUAACCUCCACGAAAAUUUUCCAGCUAGUGGAACACAUGAUCACGAUAAACUUAUGGAAAUCUUAGACAUGACUGCACGAGAUUGUUUCAAGAUGCUGGUGGUUUACCGGGGACAAAUGGGUGUAGUGCUUAAGAAAUGCGGGAUGAGAGAAGCAUCACGCAGGGGCUUUGGACGGCUGAUAUACUUGAUUGGGAAUUAUUACCUGGCGUGGUAUGAUAUGGCUCGGUUCCGGGCGCGUCCUGACUCAACUAAGCUACAGAUAGAGCUGGUCCAACCAGGGACAUUAGUCGACAGCGGUUGGACCGCUGUACGUCCUCCAAAAAACUCGUCAAAAAGCAAGCGGGAACAAAGACCGCCCUGGGUACACUGCGAAAUGCAACUUUUUGACCUUAUAAUGUGUGACGAGCAUCCAGAGAAAUUCUUCAACUAUAUAGGGUGCAGCAAGGGGCCUUGUUGGUUAUGCUACCAUGUAUUAAAAUACAUGACAUCGAGAUUUAGGAUGAGGAAAUCUUCCCUUAAACUGUACCCACAAUGGAAGCCACCGAAGUUCCAACAGAGUGGCCCGCACGAGAAGCGAUUCGAUAAGGUACGUGACUUCUUGGAUGCUAAGAUAAAAGGGCUAGUAGACUUGUUAGAAAAAGGUCAACUCGGAUAUCGCGUCCCGAAGUCAGACUGUCCUGAUCUACAAGAAAUCCCUUGGGUCGCCAAUUAUUAAGUUGAUGCUUCGGGCAGGGAAGGUAGAAAAAGGUCGGUAAGCGCUUUUGUUUUAGAAGUCCUUAUAUGUGAGAUUUGAAUGAAGAAUGCUUUCGGGUACUUAGUACCUAAUAAGCGAAGAAACUUAGUAACUUAGGUGUAGUUGUGAUAACAUGAGAAAGAAACAUCACUUGAUGUGUAAUAUAGAAGGCUCUUGAAAAGAAAUGC